AUGGACAUAAUGCCUUACCCACGGGCGAGCAAAAACCUGCGCCAAACUAGAAUGAGGACGGGGAUAAUCGUCGAUCCGAACACGUCCUUUUCUGUAAAUGUCCAAGACCGAAUCAGUCAUACAGCUUGGGAGAGAACUCUGGCUUUUCCCCACGCUCCUUCAUAUAAGAGAGAACCCAGGGGUUCUUUAGUGAUUCCAAUAUGCGUCAUUGCUCGCAACGGCCACAGCAUCACGUGCGCAAUAGUCGGGUUCACUGCGGUCGUAUAUGUCGACGCGACGAUGCGGUUGACAACGAUAUCUCCGUGGAGCGUGUGUGGUGCGAACAGCCCAUAG